UUUUGAGGAUGCAGUUGCGGCAGAUGAAAGGCGCAGAAAAGUGAUUUUAACCGAGAAUGCGAGACAUGGUGUGAAUCUGAUGUUACAUGGACAUGUCUGGGUUGAGAGAUGAGUAAACAUCAAGAUUCUGUGAUGUCGAGUUAUGAACGUCUCUCAGUAUGGCUUUUGGUGCCUGCAUGUAUUCUGUACAGCCUAGCCUUUGUGUCUCAUGCCUGGUUUGAAUUGCCGGGCGUUUUCUACGGUUUAUGGUGGGCAGAAUUUUGUGACUACCUUUCUUGUCAGAUUAUACCAGCUUUUUUCACCGAAGAACCAGUAUGGUACCACAUUCUGCAAUUAGUAAGCUUAUUUGGAAUGGUUGCUAUGUCUGUGUCACUGGCACUGUUGGUAUCCAAAAGGUGUGACUUCUUUAUCCCAGACAAAAUGAGGAGACAACAAACUGCAUCAGCUAUUGGAUUGUCAUCUGUAUUUGCUAUAUCCUUGGCGCUAAUGAUGUUCUAUGGAAAACUUGAUGAGUCAAGUCCACGUGCCAGUCCUCAGAUCCAUUGGUCAGCUGUCAUGGCAGGAACAGCUUGCCUUCUCGAGUUUGGAGCAGCACUUUUGUUAUUACAAUCAUAAAGAGACAUUGUGAAUAUCUGUAUUUUAAACGUUUAUUAUUCCAUUCACUAACUGGUUAAAUAUAUAAAGUUGAAAUUGUUUGCUUUAUAUGAGCUUGAGAGGUAAUACUAUUCAGAAUUCAGAUGUUGUUUAUAUGAGUGAAUCAUAGAUUAGAAAUAAGUUGUGUAUUUUUUUCAAAAGUAAAUACUGAGAUGGGAUUCUGAAAUAUAGCUGUAGAGAUGAUGGAUAUGGAGGAGAUAGUUUGUCACAAUUGACAGAGUCUAUGGCAGCCCUAAGAGAAAAGGGGAGGGGGAGAGAAAUGGUUGUGAUUGAGGAGAGUGGUAGUUGAGUUUUUACCCCAUAACUGUCCGUCCAUCCAUCCUUAUCUGCUUGAAUUAUUAGAUCUGUCAACAUAAUCUUUGUCAUGUUGUUUUUUUGUUUGACGUUAAAUUAGUGUCACGUUGAUCUAAGUUUUCAUGAGUUAGGAAUGUGAUGUGUUUUAAUACAAAUGUGCUGUAAUAGGUAUUCAUACGUUAAUCCUUUGAAGAUUAUGGCUUUUUCCAGAUUAUAAUUGUAUAAGAAAGACCAAUCAUUGGUUCUGUUCCAUUUUAUGAUAAAUACUAGUCAGUAUAAGACUUAAUGAGUUAUUUGUAUAGGUUAAUUUCUUCCAUUUCUCUUUUUGUUUUAUCCUUCCUUUUUUAUGGGGAUGGAUGGGGGUAGAGGGGAUAUGAAGGCAUACCCAAUUUGUAAAUUAUUUUCGGUCAUUGUUGUUUUUGCUGUGUUUAAAUGUAAAUGUUACAGUGUUACAGGAAUUUUUGUCUUUUCUUGCGUAUCCGUCAAUUGACUGGAUAAUAUAUAACACAUACAUAAGACUGAAAUAUGAUUUCAAGAUAAAAGAUGUUAAUUUAUCCUCAAGGGGUCAAUCCAUGAUUGAUUAUUUUAAGAUACUCCUGCACCUGUAAUUAAUAUAAGAGGCUGCUUGUUUAGAAAUUGGUGUUAUUAUACGGACUGCGACUUUUACAAGGCUGUCAUAAAUAACUUAACAUGUAAACCUCUAACAUUGUUGGAGUAAAAUACUCCGAUCUCUGCUGAAAAUCAUAUCCUUUAUCCAAGCCAUCAACAAAAAAUUCAUGGAUUGAUGACAGGUGGCCAUCUUGGAUUUUGAUAAUGAAACUUUGCCAUCGCUGUUUGUUGAGAAGCACAGGAUGGAUCUUUCUCAAAUUCCAAUUGUAUGUUCCCCUUGGUCUCUAGUUGUGCCCUUAUGAUUUUGGGACUGAUUUGGAACAGAAAAUGGCAGACAGAUGACCAUCUUGGAUUUGGCAGGUAAAAAUUGUUAUCGCUAUUUCAUAUAAUUAAGAGCAAAAGAAGAGAAAAUAGGGGAAAACUUUGCAGAACAGAUAAAGUUCAAACAAUGGAAGGGUCCAAGAUCCCUCUGGGAUCUCAUAAUUGUCUAAUGGGUGUACAGGGUCACAGUAGUUAUCAUCCUAUAACCCCAUAACUUCAUGGAGAGAUAUUAUUGGGGCUUUGAUCAAGUGCAUUUGUAGAUGCAAAAGAUGAUGAAAAGUUAUGAAAUGUCUACUUGAAUAUGAUAAUGUAAACAUUGCAUAAUAUUCAUAUUAUGGCCACCCAUUAAUUUGGUGUUAAUGUGGAUUGUAAUCACAAGUGUGUAGAUACAUUCUAGAUUACAAGAGAAUGAUAUGACAUUUUGUUGGUCAAGGUUUUGCAAGUUGCUUCAAAGGAUAUACAUAAGAGUUUUAUAUCAAUCAUUAACAUAGAAGGAAAAAGCUUUCAUAACUUGUUCUAAUAGACAUGUUCAUAUUUUAAACUAAUAUCUGAAAUGUAAAUAUGACAAUGUCAGAUUGUAUUCAUAAUCAAUAUAAUUGCAGUCUGGACAACAGAUAAAUUAUCAUUACAUUAGGUUGGAUUUAAUUCUAUCUCUCUAUCUGUCUUCCAGAUUGCAUUAACAUUGCCAUCCUCGAUACUACAGGGGCUACAAUUACUUUCAUUCCCAGCACCACUGGAACAUGUCAUGGCAAAAUUGAAGAUUCCAUGUGCAACACCUUGUGGACAAGAUGAAAAACACUAGUUUGUUCUUUUGAUGUACAUCAAACGAAUCUCAAGUUUGCAUAAUUGUAUAAUGGUAUCGCUUUGAAGUUGGGUGUCAGCCUUAACAAUCUUCAAAAGGAGCAUAUCAGCCUGUCAUUGGUCAGAUUUUUUCUCCUGAAACCAAUCAAAUUACUUUGCUUGUGACUUUAAUUUUGCCAUGACAUGUCCCUGGGGUGCAGAUUGUGAAAGUGAUUGUAACCCCAAGAGUAUGAAGGUUGUCAUUUUGUCAAUAAACAUUGUUUAGUGAUUGAUUAAUUAUGUCACUUGUACCUUGUAAAAUGACCUGAUCAAAAUAGUUUAAUUUGAUACCUGUCUGUAUCUUCUUUGUGUUAACAUGUAAUUUUAACGUAAUCAUUUGAGAACAGGGCAAAGAAUAACAUCCAGUUGGCUGAUCGACCUUAAUUUUGAUGGUGCAGAACUUUUGUACAUCCUAUGUAAUCUGUCAGAAUAAUGAAUUGUUUAUAUAUAAUAUAGUUUUACUAUCAUAUAUUAGAAAGUAUUCUGUCAGAUUUUUAAGAUCAAAAUUGGUCAAACGCAAUGUGCAGGUGUCUUAGCUAUUUUACAUUACUUGAGAUAAUAGAAUUGAUGUAACAUGCCAUUGCUAGAAGUCUGGAAAACCUAUAUUGUACUUUUUAAUGUCAGAUAUGCUUUAAUAUUAUUUUAAGUUUCCUUUUUGUUUAUAUUGAAAUGUUGUAUUACUGAUUUGGUGCUAAUGAAUAUCAAAUGAACUUUAUUAUUUGUUGAACUUACAAAAUGCUUGCUUUCUCAUUAUUACUUCAAUAAUUGCUUAAUCCUACAAUUUUAGAUUUACAUUUUGAUGUAUGUAUUAAAUCCAAGAUUUUGCUCAGAGGCAAGAAUAUGUAAUAUCUGGUUGUGCUCUGCUCCUGUAACAGAAGAGGCCGCUGGUCGGCCAAUUUAUUAUCUAACCUUAUUGUACUGACUACAUGGCACCUAUCAAUAGUGUCUUGCUGUGUAUACCUUUAAGUUAGCUGAAGCAUUUGUGCACCUGAGUCAGCAUCUGGUGCUCAUUUAUCAACUUUUUAACACAGAAAUCUUUAAUGGAUUGUGACCAAAUUUAAUAUAGAGCAUCCCAGGGCCAAGUUUGCAACAUAAUAUCAUACGCAAUAUUCAGUGUUGCCAACUCACCUGAUUUCGUCAGGUCAACCUGAUAUCAAAACAAUGUUCAAACAUAACAUAGAACAUUUUCUGAAUUCAUGUUGCAGAUGUGAUAACUAUUCAGUAGAAUUGACCAUAAGGUCAUAAUACCCAGUGACACUAAUCUCCUUCCAGUGCUUUUCAAGCUCAUUUUUAUAUAUUAUAUCAAUAACAACAGAAUUCUGAAGGCACACAUUCCUCCUCAUUGCGUUAUUUUGUCAAAGAAAAUUUACUGCACCAAAGAUAUAUUUAUUCACAGUAAUUGUUGACCUGCCAUAAGCUGUUCAAAUCCCCUUGCAUCUGCCGUCCAUCAGCCUGUCCUUAAACAUUCCUUGUUUUGGCUAUUUCUGGAGAAUUACUUGACGGAUUAUUUUCAAAUUUGAUAUGUAGCUUCCUCUAGGCCAUAGUCGUGCAUUGUCCUAUUUUCAGACUGAUCGAUAAAGCAACAUUCUCCACAGGCUGACUGGAAGAAAUCUUGUAUUUUGACAGUGAUGGUAUGUUAUAGCUAUUUAUGGAAAAAUGUGGAUGGAUCUAUUUAAAAUUUCAUAUGUAUAGACCUCUUGGUCCCUAUAUUUGCAUGGUCACAUUUUCGGACUGAUCUGAAAAAAACACAUGGUUAACAGGUGCUUGCUUCGAUUUCAUAUCUAGGUUCAAUUGGGUUCCUCGUGCUGUUUGAUUUUGGAAUUGAUCAGAAAUUAAAAAUGGCUGAAGGGGACCAUCUUUGAUGACUAAGAAAGUUUGUUUCCACUAUUUCUUGAGAAGUACUGGAUUGAUCUCACUCAAAUUUCAUGUGUAGGCUUUCCCUGGUCCCUAAUUGUACCCUUUUGAUUUUGGGACUUAUCAGAUAAACAAAGUUGCUGACUAGUGGUCUUAUUUGGAUUUGAAAAUCAAAGUUUUUUUAUUGCUUUUUCUUGAGAAGCACUGGAUGGAUCUUUCUCAAAUUCAAUUUGUAUGUUCCCCUUGGUGCCAGUUUGAUUUUGGGAGUUAUCGGAGAAGGAAAAUGGCCGAGAGGCAGUCAUCUUGGAUUUUAACAAAUAAAGUACUAGAUGGAUCUCGCUCAAAUUUAAUUUGAAGAUUCCCCUUGGUCCCUAGUUGUUUAGACUGAUUAGAAAACAGAAAUGGUUGACAGAGGAUCAUCUUGGAUAUUGCAAUUGAAGAUUAUUAUCACUAUUGGUAGGAUUGAUUUCUACAUUACAUCUAAAUAAAAGCAAAAACAGAGGAAAGGAGGGAAAAGAAGGGCAAAGGUAAAACUUUUAAAGAAAAAAUAUGGGCCCCAAGAUCCUGCUCCUGCUGGGAUGUUGUCUUUUAAACAACAUUCUUUUAAUAAAGUGUGUGAGUACAGUGUUAUCGAAGUGUCAUUGAUAGAGGAUGUAUCACAGUCAGAGGGCAGGGGCCAAAUAAUUAUCUUUAAAGUAUUUUAAAUCAAUUAAGCACUUUUGACAAAAUGGUAGUGUUAAACCUGGUGUGUAUGCAUUAUACAUCCGUUAGAGGAUAUAAUGAGCAAAUUACAUACUGUUUCAAUGGAUUUGAAUUCUAAAUCAAAUAUAAACGAAUCUCCGGGCACAGACCUACAACACUCAUUUAUUUCCACAAUUGUAUAUAGUCCUCUGUACAUUUAGACUGUUAUGAGACUGUUUUCUCGCUCUUUAAAGACCUCAUACAGAAUGAUGGACAUAUAAGCUUAGUACCAACAAAUGCAUCAUGUAUAUAUUGCAUAUCAGGAUAUGUGCCAUUAUGAACCAAAAUAUAACCAUCUCAGUCCCGUAUGCCUCUUGUUUGAAUUUUUUAAAUAAAAAUGUUUUAUUUGAACAAA